GCGCGGGGCGGGCUCGGAGUCUGGACGCGGCGGCGCGGGAGCGGGACCCAGAGCAGGAGCAGGAGCGGGAGCCCGAGCCGAGCCCACCGAGCCGAGCCCACCGAGCGGGAGCCCGAGCAGGAGCCCUCCGAGCCGAGCCCAGGCUGCGCGCUCAGGUCCGCUGUGCCCCCAGGUGCGAGCACUGCCCCGCGAGGAGACAGACGCGCGUCCGGGAAGGAGGAAGCCGCGCCGAGCCAAGAUGCCGAAGCCGAUCAAUGUCCGGGUCACGUCCAUGGACGCGGAGCUGGAGUUCGCCAUCCAGCCCAACACCACCGGCAAACAGCUGUUCGACCAGGUGGUGAAGACCAUCGGCCUGCGUGAAGUGUGGUACUUCGGCCUCCACUAUGUGGAUAACAAAGGCUUCCCCACCUGGCUGAAGCUCGAUAAAAAGGUGUCCGCCCAGGAGAUGAAGAAGGAGACCCCGCUCCAGUUCAAGUUCCGCGCCAAGUUCUACCCCGAGGACGUGGCGGAGGAGCUGAUCCAGGACAUCACACAGAAGCUCUUCUUCCUGCAAGUGAAGGAGGGCAUCCUCAGUGACGAGAUCUACUGCCCGCCCGAGACGGCCGUGCUGCUGGGCUCCUACGCCGUGCAGGCCAAGUUCGGGGACUACAGCAAGGACACACACAAGGCCGGCUACCUCAGCUCCGAGCGGCUCAUCCCGCAGAGAGUCAUGGACCAGCACAAGCUCACCAGGGACCAGUGGGAGGACCGCAUCCAGGUGUGGCACGCCGAGCACCGCGGGAUGCUCAAAGACAGCGCCAUGCUGGAGUAUCUGAAGAUCGCCCAGGACCUGGAGAUGUACGGGAUCAACUACUUCGAGAUCAAGAACAAGAAGGGCACAGACCUGUGGCUGGGCGUGGACGCCCUCGGGCUGAACAUCUACGAGAAAGAUGACAAGCUGACCCCCAAGAUCGGCUUCCCCUGGAGCGAGAUCAGGAACAUCUCCUUCAGCGACAAGAAGUUCGUCAUCAAGCCUAUCGACAAGAAGGCGCCGGACUUUGUCUUCUACGCCCCCCGCCUGCGCAUCAACAAGCGCAUCCUGCAGCUGUGCAUGGGCAACCACGAGCUGUACAUGCGGCGCCGGAAGCCCGACACCAUCGAGGUGCAGCAGAUGAAGGCCCAGGCCCGCGAGGAGAAGCACCAGAAGCAGCUGGAGCGGCAGCAGCUGGAGACCGAGAAGAAGAGGCGCGAGAUUGUGGAGAAGGAGAAGGAGCAGAUGCUGCGGGAGAAGGAGGAGCUGAUGCUGCGGCUCCAGGACUACGAGCAGAAAACCAAGAAGGCCGAGAAAGAGCUCUCGGACCAGAUCGCGCGGGCGCUGCAGCUGGAGGAGGAGCGGCGGCGCGCCCAGGAGGAGGCCGAGCGCCUGGAGGCUGACCGCAUGGCCGCGCUGCGCGCCAAGGAGGAGCUGGAGCGGCAGACGGUGGACCAGAUCAAGAGCCAGGAGCAGCUGGCCGCCGAGCUAGCCGAGUACACAGCCAAGAUCGCCCUCCUGGAGGAAGCACGGAGGCGCAAGGAGGACGAGGUGGAGGAGUGGCAGCACCGGGCCAAGGAGGCCCAGGAUGACCUGGUGAAGACCAAGGAGGAGCUGCACCUGGUGAUGACUGCACCGCCACCGCCGCCACCUGCCUCCUACGAGCCCGUCAACUUCCACGUGCAGGACAACCCGCAGGAGGACGACACGGAGUACACGGGCUACAGCGCCGAGCUGUCGAGCGAGGGCAUCCUGGACCACCGCAACGAGGAGAAGCGGGUCACCGAGGCUGAGAAGAACGAGCGCGUGCAGCGGCAGCUGAAGACUCUGAGCAGCGAGCUGUCCCAGGCCAGAAACGAGAACAUGAAGACCCACAACGACAUCAUCCACACCGAGAACAUGCGGCAAGGCCGGGACAAGUACAAGACGCUGCGGCAGAUCCGGCAGGGGAACACCAAGCAGCGCAUCGACGAGUUCGAGGCCAUGUGAGGCGGCGGGCGGCAGGCUGGAGCCCGGCUGCGUAGUUCCCCGACCUAGGCCCCCGUCACCUUCAGUUCCUUUAAGUAGUUAUUUCAGGGGAAACAUCCCGGGGCCGGGGGCCGAGAAGGCUCCCCAGUUUAUCUUUCCCAAUUGUAUCGAGUGCCAAACAGGCCUGAUCAUUAUUAUUAUUAUUAUUAUUGUUAUUGUUAUUACUGAAUCACUUCCUGUUUUGUGUUUGGAGCCCGACUGAACCCUGACUGACCCCGGGCAGAAAGAAGCUGCCGAGUUCGUGUCAGACUUGACGCUGGCACCGUGUGGUGGCUUCGGGUGAUUAGAGAGCACCAUAUCGUGGCUUAGCCUCUGUGCCAUACUUCGUUCGGUGUCUGCAGUGAGCUCAGAUAAAUUCAUUUUGAUUUCUAGGGAGGAUCCACCUCUUUAUAUUUAUGUUUGGGGGAGGGGUGAGACUUAGUUUGAAGAUGGAUGGAAGCACUCUUAGACCAGGUACGCACUGUUCCCAGACCCUUCCAGGGCCCGCACCGGCCUCACCUGCCCGCCCCCCCCACCGAGACCAGCUUGUUUUGCGCUUGGCGUCUCAUUUCCGGGUGACGCCUAAUCAGUGAUCACCUGACCAGAAGAAUAUUUAUACGGAGACAUGAAAUGUGUUUGUAACAUUAGCUUAAAAAAGGGAAAAUUUUGUUCUGUAUAUUUUGUUACCUUUUACAGAAUAAUAAAACUCGUGCGUAUGGA